AUGGGCUUGGCCAUCAAGGGCACAGGCGCUGGUCAGCGGGACACAAACCAGCAGAGUAGCUUUCGGGCAGAUAUGAUCCAAGCUUAUGAGGCAAAGCACCCGACCAAAGAAUGGGUUUGGUGUCCCAUUCUCGGGGACUAUACGGACGACGAUGAUAUCCAAGCGUCUCACCUGUUCCCCUAUAUGAACGGGCAGGAUACCAUGGACGCCAUAUUUGGCAAGACACGACCGGGGGAACUUUUCUCACCCCGUAAUGGCCUCCUCAUGUGCAGAAAGCUUGAGCGGUAUUUUGAUGCUGGCAAGUUUGUUAUAGUUCCAGAUGUUCCCAAUGUUCAGGAGAAUGCGUUGGUGUCUACGGUUAAGAGUUGGCUUAGCCGUGAACCCCGGGAGUACAGGGUGAGAAUUAUUGACCCUGAUUGGGAGAUGAAUGAGCAACAGAUCUCGCGAUGGGGAGAACUUACCUAUGGGCAACUUGAAGGCCGGAAGCUCAGGUUCCGGUCUAGUUUCAGACCUGCAGCCCGGUACCUGUACUUUCACUACUGUGUUCAAAUGCUGCACGGGGCUGCGGGCAGUCGGCCCGAUGACAACAACCUUCUCCUCGGACUUCUUUCUAAAAACGUGAAGGCAAAGCCAUCGAUUUUGGACCAUGGGGUCUUUGGAGAUGUUCGUUCGGAAGAUGAAGUUUCUGGUAUUGAAGAGGAUAGUGACGAGGAGUAG